CUUCCGGAUCAAGCUAUUCCCGUCGAGGAGCUACUCGGACGAAAUUAAGUUUCUUCUCGUUUUUCUCCUAAAAUCUUUGUCUGAACUUACAACUACAAACAACUGAUUCGAUGUAGUGUUACUUUUGCGUUACCUUGUUAUCACUCUUACAACAACAUAAACACAUAGGCUAACCUCCCCACCAUCCAAAUAGAUUUUUUCCACCAGGCUAGCCCACAUAACUUUUUUCGCGCCGAGCCCUACUCGGCUUUAGUUUCACCUCACCUCAUAGUCAAUUUUGCAACACUACACCAACUAUCUCGCAAAAAUAACCUUUUCUGCUGCAUCCGCAGACCUAAUUAUGGCCAACUCUACCUGCGCCUGCAGUGAUCUAGCUAAUGCUAAUGAAAGACUAGCCAAAGCCAACAUGACGAUUGAAACACUUAGAAGUGACAUUCGCCGGCUAACUUGCGAGAUAGUCAUAAAAUCCCAUAACACCACGUUGAAACACCAAACCAGUAAUACUAGCGCCAACCUAACUACACUAUCUUUUCUCCCCAGUCACAGCAAACACCAGCCGAAGUCCCCCCCGAAUCCACCGUGCUCCACUCCCGCGCGUCGUAGCUGGACGGAGGUGCCCAAGCCUCUACCACAAAGAGUGCGACCCAGUAGCCGCCGGACCCUCGCUACCCCCAGGCAAAUCACCCGAGAGCAGCCUGCCCAUUCAGAACCCCGGCGACCAUCAACAGUCCUCAUAGGAUCUUCGAUGGUUCGCCACGUAACCCUACGAAACGCCCAGACGUGGUGCCUACCUGGAGCUCUCGUAGCCGAUGUCCAGUCGAAUGUGCCGCACGCGCUGUCACAGUAUCCUACUGCCACAACUCUCAUCGUCCACGCAGGCUCCAAUGACAUCCGGCUGCAGCAGUCUAAAAAACUUGAGUCUGAUUUCCUCUCCCUUAUUAAUACCCUUCGCAGCACUGGAAAAAAAUACGCUAUCUCAGGCCCCAUCCCCUCUGUCUGUUUCUCUGCCUUCCAGUUCUCCCGAAUCCGCCAACUGCACGUCUGGCUGAUGAGACACUGCCGCCAAGAAGCCAUUCCCUACGUUGACAACUUCUCCGCUUUCUGGAACCGCCGAAACCUCUUCGCACGAGAUGGAAGGCACUUAAACAGAGCUGGUGCUCGUCUCCUCGCGACCAACCUAGAGCUGACCCUCGAAGCCCAUCGGUCCUUGGAUUGACUAACAGGUGUUUUAAAUCCAAAGCACUACACCAACUUAGACACUGCGUGCCCAACAGAGAGUACUCCACUAGCUAUCCACACUGUCACUACCCGUAGGAAAGCUCGCAGAUGUAGACCCUC